AUGGAAAACAUAAAGAGGAAUAGAAGGUUUCUAGGCAUAGCACUCAUAAACUUUGCGAUCUCUGUGUUUAUUCUCUUCCAUGCCCCGAUGUUUAUUCCUGUAUCCUAUAUCUCCCCGAAGGUAUGCCUCAGAUUUGCGUCUUUGUUCAUAUAUACCUUUGUCUACAUAUUUGUUCUUCUUGGAGCCAACGUUGGGAGGAUUGCCCCCAAUAAACUUGCUAGGAGGGUUAUAGCUGUUGAGCAAUGA